AAGUCAAAUAAUGUAAAUGUAAAUAUCAAAUACAUCAAUUACUAUGUUUUUGUUGUACCUGAAUUUUGACGAGUUCCUUCUUUAAAAAUGAGCAAAAACUUACAGACAGCUAAUAAGCUGACAGAAUUUGGGCCUCUACAAUCGGAAGAUCCAAAACCAAAUACCGUUGGACAAUUUAUAGCCAAUUUUCUUUGGAAAAAAAGUGUUUCAUCAGAUGAUGCUAAUGCUGAAAAAAAUGAUAAUGUUAGUGAUUCCCUUCCUACUUGGGCCGUUGAUAAUGUAUCUGAUAACGCAUAUUCGGAGUCUUCGAAUGUAUAUGAAGUUGACAUAAAUGAGGGAAGAAGUUUACCAAAUGUUUUGAAGAGAAUAAGUAAUCUGUUAGCCUUAAAAACCAGUAGCCUCCAAGAUUAUGCAGAUACAGAUUUAAAACUAUACUGGAUGCCUGAUUCUGUUAGUAAGGAGUGUUAUGAAUGUUCUGAAAAAUUUACAACAUUUAGGAGAAGGCAUCACUGUAGAGUUUGUGGACAAAUAUUUUGUUCUCAUUGUUGUAAUCAACAAAUCCCUGGGAAAAUAUUUGGAUGUACAGGUGAAUUAAGGGUUUGCACUUACUGCUGUAAAGUUGUCCUUUCCUAUUUACAAUCAUCAGACUUCAGUACUGUUCUUACAAAUGAUUUAAAAAUACUUCAGGAAAGUUUAAAAUCCAAAUUUGGUACAUUAUCGCCAAAUACAAUUGAUGACUCUUUGCAAACAUCUGUUGUCAGUGUUGAUGAUAAUUGUGCAAAACGAAAAAUAUCUGUUGGUUAUCAAGAGGAAAAAUUCUUUUCUGAAAACACGAAUACAACAUAUCUAACAACCGAGGAAAAAUGUAGGGCUCUUCAAAAUUCGGCGUCUUUAAGAAACUUAUAUGAAGAAAUGUGUAAACCUACAACAGGUCUACAGUUUGAAACUCAUAGAUAUCGUCUUAAGACUUACAACGAUUCCUUUUUGGGUUCCGAAUUAGUAGAUUGGUUAAUUUUUCAACAAAAGGCGAAAAGUAGAGUUCAAGCAUCAGCUAUUUGCCAAGCUCUUUUAGAAGGCGGGUAUAUCGAGAGUUUAUCAGAACCAAUGGUAUUUAUUGAUGGCUAUGCUUUUUACCAUAAAAAAUUAUUUUCUUAUCCAGAGCUUCCACCGUCGGGUUUAAACUUUGAUGUACCUUAUCACGACGAGCCGCAAUGGGUUCAGCAAAUUCCUCACGAGUCAAGCACAACAGAUUCUGAAAACGAGCAGUUAUCGCCAGUUGAAAUGAGGCCAGGAAAUAUGACUUCAUCGUCAUCAUAUACGUUAGAUCUUAAUUUGGAGGCAAAUACAGUGUAUCUGUCUCGCCCACCUGAUGAGUACAAGAGUCAGAAUACAAGCGAAACACAAGAGCCACAAGAAAAAACAGAAACGGUGGUUGUUAGACCUUCGGAUCAAAUUGAAGCUGCCCCAGAAUCAGGAUGGUUUAAUGCAUCCAAUUUGCGGGAGGAAAACGGAGAAAAGUUAGCAUAUACAAUCUUAAGUGAUGCUUUUGAGCAACACAGCAAUAGUUUACUUAAGCAAUUGUUGAUUUCCAAAGGACUUUCAUAUUCCUGGUCGGAAGUUAUUAUGCCAAUACUUAACGACAUAAUCAGUAUUAUUAGACCCGAUAAAAAUCAUGAUGCCAUCGACUUAGACAUCCGUCACUACAUCCAAUUUAAAAUUCUUGCUGGCGGUUUGAGAAGUGAUACGUCUCUAGUUGGAGGGGUAGUAUGCAGCAAAAACGUUGCACACAAAGAUAUGUUGAUCGACAUAGAAAAUCCUAAAAUUCUCUUGCUUCAAUGUUCCAUUGUUUAUCAACGAACUGAAGGCAGAUUGAUGUCACUAGAACCAGUAUUAAUGCAGGAAUACGAGUACUUACGCAAUGUCACAGCACGAAUAAUAGCUCUCAAACCAGACAUUAUACUAGUCCACAAAAACAUAUCAAGGCUUGCUCAAGACAUGUUACAUGAACAGUCUGUCACUUUAGUGCAUAACGUAAAGCUAAGUGUUUUGGAACGAUUGUCGAGAUGUACACAAGCGGAUAUCGUUUCAGCUAUGGAUGCUCACAUCGGCCGUCCAAAAUUGGGAACAUGCCAAAGAUUUUAUUUGAAAAGUUUCAAACUGGACAGAGGUAGAACAAAAACGCUUAUGUUUUUCGAGGGAUUACCAUCGACUCAUUUAGGCAGUACAGUUUUGCUUAGAGGUGCAUCUGAGCCCGAAUUAAUGAAACUGAAAGAAGUAUCCGUUUUAAUGUUGUUUGCUAUGUACAGCUGGAGAUUAGAGAAGUCCUUUUUAAUGGACGAAUUCGCGAUGCCUCCAAAUGCAAAUGAAUUUCUGGAAGAUAGUAAAGAAAACUCUCCAGAUAUACCAGAAAAAAGACAUACAUUUUGCUUGACGGAAAACGAUGUCGAUCAAGAUGUGUCCAAAAGGAACGAAAGGCCUGUUAUCAAAAGUUUUAUUAAGGACGAACAACUGACGGAGAAUAGAAAAACUUUAGUUGACGAUUUUACUGAUCCCCUACAUUCCAACGCCGAAUUUGAUGCUCAGCCAUCUGGUCAAACCCUGGCAGUUGCAAAACUUCCGUUUUCCAAUUAUUUUAGAAAACAACUGGAUGAUACUAUUUUAUGUAUAAGUCCGUAUAUUGUGUUUCCCGUACCAUACUUGGAAACUGAAAUUGGUAAAAAGUGUAAAUUAAGGCAGUAUUUUCCGGAAGAUUUAUACUUUAGUGUCCACUUUGAAAAUAGUACAAAAAGUAAGCGGAAAAGUAUGGAUGAUCAUGGACUGGAUCAUGUUGAUUCUAAUUUGAAGGCAAAACCUCUUCAUCCAUUUUUAUUGUCAAAAUUAACAAAACCCGUGGAAGAUAAAAACAUUCAGAAUCUCUUAGCACAUUUUAGAGCUUGUGGUGGUAAAUACGAAAAGAAAGAACACAUUUGCGUUAAAGCUCAGCAAGAAACUCAAAAGAAUAUCAAGCCUAAUAAUAAUGCCGAAAACAGUGCAAAAGAUGUUCUUGAUCUUAUUCAUCAUCAAAGAUUAGCAGUACUAUUUUGCAGUUAUAGUACGGAAUCCGACAAUGCUCCUGCAUUUUGCGUUAAUCCAUGGAUUGUUUAUAUGGAUUUUUAUGGACGCAACGAUAUUCCACUGGGUUGUUUCCUAGAAAGAUACUGCUUCCGAUCUACCUAUAACUGCCCUUCAAAAUCUUGUGAUACCCCUAUGAUAAAUCAUAUAAGAAGAUUCGUUCAUAAUACAGGCUGUGUAACAAUAUGUCUUAACUAUUUUGAAAACGAAUUUUCAGAGGACCACAUAGUUAUGUGGACGUGGUGUACCAAAUGUCAAAAAGUAUCCCCAGUGGUUCCGAUGUCGGCUGAUACUUGGUCGUACUCAUUUGCCAAGUUCUUGGAGUUGAAAUUUUAUGGGGAUGUUUAUAGUAGAAGAGGCCAGUCAGCUUGUGACCACAGCCUACAUCAAGACCAUUAUCAUUAUUUUGGAUAUAAGAAUUAUGUAGCUACAUUCAAGUACUGCCAAAUUACAAUUCUAGAAAUUUCUCUACCUCCUCCAAUAAUAGAAGUAGAAUGCGAAAACAAUAAAUUUCAGAGUGAACUCAUAGAUGAAAUUAAAAACAUUGCACAAAAAGGGCAUGAUAUUUUUUCUUUGAUUCAAGAUAAAUUAAAAAAUUUGGUCAGCGACGAAGCAGACCCAAAUGGAAAUUUUAAGCAACUUUUAAUGAAAGAUCACAAUCAGUUCAAACAAAAAGUCGAAGAGAUACAGCUUAAAUUGACCUCGCCAACCAUAGAAAAUAAACAAUUUGAUAAAAAAGAACUUUUUGUUACCUAUUGGAACAUAUCAGAUUGUUUAACAAAAUUAAAAAAGAAUGUUGUGGAUAUAGUAGACAAUUGGAAUGCCAGACUGAAUGAAAUCAUAUUGCGUAAGAAGGAUAAUGAUAAAAAGAAAGAUAAAUUAGUAGAUACAAACACUGAAGAUAACUCCGAACAUCCAGAGCUAAAUAUUCAAGAAGAAAAGGAAAUCACGAGUUUGAUCUCUAAAAAGGUGUCAAGUUUGGAUAAUAGUGAUGGCGAGUCAUAUUCAUCAGCUUCGCCGAAAACUCAUAAUAGAUCCCAUUCUGAAAGCACAGUUGGUUCCCAAAAUGAAGACAGUGUAGAUAACAAAAAGGAAGUUGAUAAAAAAACGGUAAAGACCAUCUUGUCAUCCUUACUGCCAUCUUCAAAUAAUCUGUGUUUGAUACAGGCUCCAUUUAAUAACGGCGAACAUUACGGCUUAUCUGAUUCAUCAAUUCCAUUAGUAGUUCUCGAAAGUGAACCCAGUUCUAUAGUUUCGUAUACUCUAGCUUCAGUCGAAUAUAAAAAGUUAUUGGAAGAUUUGACCGCUAAGAAACCGCAGGCAGAUCUUUCCAACAGCCCGAUUCUAAAGAGGAGAAGCAAUAGCGAAAGGGAAAAACUAGAUGAUGAUAAGGGGAAGAAUUUGUUAGGAUUUUUGAAAAAUAAAGAAGCAAGUAAUGUGGCAAAUAUUACGGCAAAUCCAGAUGUGAGUGCUGAACAAUCGAGAUUGGCAGAACUACAAGAGGAUGCUAAGAAAGUACGUAAAACUCACGUUGAGGUACAAUUCCAGGACGGAACUAGCAAUUUCUUCUGUAGGGUUUACUUAGCUGAAAAAUUUGCAGCACUUAGAGCUGCUGUUUUGCCGAUGGGCGAAGAGGGCUAUAUAAGGUCAUUAUCCAGAUCUGCGCAAUGGAAUGCAAGAGGUGGAAAAUCCGGAUCAAAUUUUUCGAAAACCAUAGACGAUAGAUUUAUACUCAAAGAAAUGUCAAAAUCGGAAAUUCAUUUAUUUCUCGAAGCAUCUUCCAAUUAUUUUGCCUACAUGCACAAAUGCCAAGCUACCAAACAACUGACCCUCUUGGGAAAAAUUUUAGGAAUAUACCAGAUAGUAUUUAAAAACAAUUCUAGUGUACCCUAUCGAUCAAAUAUUCUAGUCAUGGAGAACUUGUUCUAUAACAGAAAGGUUUCUCAAAAAUUUGAUCUCAAAGGAUCUAUGAGGAAUAGAUUAGUUAUUCCUGACAAUCAAGGAGAAGAAAUAGUCCUGCUAGAUGAGAAUUUAAUGAAAAUGACCUGUGAUUCCCCGUUAUAUGUAUUACAACAUUCCAAAACCGUAUUAAUAAACGCCAUCCAGAACGAUACAGAAUUUUUAUCAGCCCAAUCUGUAAUGGAUUAUUCAUUAUUAGUUGGACUGGAUCCUGAUAAUAAGGAAUUAGUUCUAGGAAUUAUAGAUUAUAUAAGAACGUUUACCUGGGAUAAGAGAUUAGAAACAAUGGUCAAGAAAAGUGGUAUUUUAGGAGGACAAGGCAAAUUACCCACUAUAAUCUCGCCAGAAGAGUAUCAAAAACGUUUUAUGGAGGCGAUGCAUAAGUAUUUUUUGGAAGUACCUGAUCAUUGGGCUGGUUUAGGAAAGCCAUUUGAGUUGUAAAUGUGUAUACAACACAGAAUCUUAACAAUACUUAAUAGAUAUAGCCAAAAGCAUGUAUAAGUUAUCAAAGUAUAAUUAAAAAACUCGAAUCG